CUACCGUCUACCAUGAAGAGUCCAACUGUGACGGAUGUCGAGAGCGUCGACAGAUCCUACCUCUCGCCGGGAAGGCCAGAUGCUGCUAUUUCGGAGUCUGAUCAGCGGCUUCAAGAGCUAGGCUACAAGAGCGAGUUCCGACGGGACAUGUCUCUCUUCGGCGUUCUUGGGAUCUCUUUCUGCGCGAUUGGCAUCCUCACAGGAAUGAGCAGCGCAUUCCAGACUGGACUUUUCUCCGGGGGACCUCUCGGGCUGUUCUGGGGAUGGAAUAUCUGCAGUUUCUUCAUGCUGCUAAUUGCGUUGUCACUGGCGGAGAUCUGCAGUGCAUACCCGACGAUGGGCGGUUUAUACUUUUGGGUUUGCAAAAUGAAGCCCGAGGUGCCGAUGCUCGGUUUUUGCACGGGAUGGAUCUACAGCAUCGCCAUGACAUUCACCGGGACGUCCGGGAAUCUCAGUGUUGCUCUAUACUUGGCCUCUCUUGCGGAAGUCGGUCAAGGGCGAACUCUUACCAGAGUUGAGGUGACCGCUAUUGCAUGGGGAGUGAACAUAGCGUCUGGCAUCAUCAACACCAUAGGCACGAAAGCCAUAGGAAGCAUGAGUACUUUCAAUCUAUGGUGGACCCUCGGCGGGACACUAGUGCUAGUCAUCACACUGCUUGUGAAGGCGCCUGUCAAGAAUAGCGCAGCAUUCGUUUUCACGGACUACGAGAACUUUACAGGCUGGCAGAGCCGCGGCUUUGUAGUUCUUCUUGGGUUUCUUCAGGCCGUCUACACACUGGAAGGCUGCGAGACAGCCGCACAAGUCGCCGAGGAGGCCAAACGGGCGGAGAUUCUCGCCCCACUCGCAGUCGUCGGGAGCAUCGUUGGCUCUUGGAUCAUAGGUCUCGCUUACAUGCUUGCCCUCCUCUUCUCCGUGCAGAGCAUCGCAAGCGUACAAGCCACAUCCUUCGCGAUCCCCAUCGCGCAGUUGUACUACGACGCGGUCGGACCGCGGUUGACGCUCAUGUGCCUGACGGUGGUCGCGCUCGCUCAAUUCAUGGCAGCGGUGACAGCAUUCACUGCGAGCUCGCGGUUGUUCUACGCCCUUGCUAGGGACAAUGCGUUCCCAAUGAAGGGGCGGUAUAUGUCUUUGAACAGGUACCAGGCGCCUUAUUGGGGUGUGUGGACGUCGGUGCUGGUCGGAUGCGUCAUUUCAUGCGCAUAUAUUGGCUCUGCCGUGGCGUUCAACGCUAUCCUCUCCUCCGCCGCUAUCGCCGUGAUGUUGAGUUAUCUGCAACCGAUUAUCAUUCGGGUCUUCUGGCCCAGUACUUCAUUGCCAGUCCACGGACCCUUCUCACUCGGACGCUGGUCCUGGAGUAUCAACUUCGCUAGCUUCCUAUUCACGGUGUUCAUUUGCGUUCUGUUCAUUUUGCCUACUGCCCACCCGACGGACGCGCUGAACAUGAACUACGCAAUCGUAGCAAUCGGCGCUGUCAUACUCCUCGUCGGUGCAUGCUGGGCUUUCUGGGGUCGUUUCCAUUUCGAAGGUCCGGUGCAGACGGCGAGCCCAGAGGCUGUGGAGGACGAGAAGGUCGGGUUGUAAGUUCCGUGGAUUCACA